GCUAAGUAACAAGCGUGUGAGUAGCUGUUGCUGUUGCCCGUGUUUGGCGAUAUUGACGAACUUUGGGAUCAAUUAAGAAUCAUCGGAACAUAUAUAUCCAGAAUAAUAAUCUUUGGUAAUAAUUAAGUCAAGAUGUCAGAAGAGGUUUCCGUGAAGCCUCCCUAUGAGGUGAUCAACUUAGCGACUCUGCCGAAUUUAAAUAUCCAACAACUGACAAUGUUUAAACAACAAUUGGACAAGGAGCUCGAAGUGUUUCAGGAUUCUUUGCAUACUUUAAAGAUCGCGCAAAGCAGAUUUCAAGAAUCGGGUGCUUGUCUCGAAAAAAUUACGGUGGCCACCGAAGGUAAUGAAAUACUAGUACCUUUGACAGGCUCUAUGUAUGUGACUGGAAAGCUGGCCGAGGCAAAUAAUGUGAUUGUAGAUGUUGGUACUGGUUAUUAUGCAAAAAAGAGUGUUGACGAUGCAAAGGAUUAUUUUAAAAGAAAAGUUGAUUAUGUGACAGAGCAAAUGGAAAAGAUCCAGCAGGUUGGAAUUGAAAGAACCAAAUUGAGAGAAGCAACAAUGGAUAUAAUAGAUGCAAAAAUUCAACCUCAUUGGGAAAAAGAUCGUGGAUUAGGAUUACGAAAGUGAUAAAAUUUAAAUGACGAUUUUAUUUUACAUACAUUUCAUCAUAAAUAAUUUGUUAUUGUUUGCAUCUAUUUGGAAAUCUUUGUUGAAUCCAAUGGCUCUGAGAUAUUACAUAUGAAUGCAAUUGAUUCCAUGUACAAUAGUAAUAAGAUGAUUUUAUUUAAUCCAA